UAGUGGGGGAUGGGCGAGGACUGUGUUAUGACUGGUGCUUGGCUGCGGGACAAACUUCCAGAGGCCUCGUUUUUUCCUCCCCCUCGUUUCCAUCUCAUCGGUCGGUUUCAACGAGGAAAUGCGGCUUCGUCUCGCAGUGAACGUGUCAAACGGACCAGGAGCUAAUCGAUAAUCACCGCUUGGAGGACUGCUUUCAGAUUUUGCUAAACACGAGCUGGUGUUUGGUGGCUUUUUUGAAAAUAGGCUGACAGUUCUUGCUGAGGACACCAGAGCCAUGAUGCACCUCUGAAGAUAUCUUGAUCACAUGGGCUCCUAUCCUGUGCUGACCCAAUGGUUUAAUCACCAGGACUAAAAAUGAGCAUAAGCAGUGAUGAGGUUAAUUUCCUGGUUUACAGAUACCUGCAAGAGUCAGGCUUCUCCCAUUCAGCAUUCACCUUUGGCAUAGAGAGCCACAUCAGCCAGUCCAACAUCAAUGGAGCCCUGGUGCCCCCUGCUGCCCUCAUCUCCAUCAUCCAGAAGGGCCUGCAGUACGUGGAGGCUGAAGUCAGCAUCAAUGAGGACGGGACCUUAUUUGACGGUCGACCCAUCGAGUCGCUGUCUCUGAUCGAUGCCGUGAUGCCAGAUGUGGUCCAGACCAGACAGCAGGCCUACAGAGACAAGUUGGCCCAGCAGCAGCAGGCGGCAGCAGGCAGUGGCAGCAGCACAGGGCCACAGGGAAGCACCAAGAACGGAGAGGGUGCAGCCAACGGGGAGGAGAACGGAUCCCACGCCUUAGCCAAUCACCACUCAGAGAUGAUGGAGGUGGACAGGGAUGUGGAGAUCCCCCAAAGUAAAGCCAUGGUCUUGAGGGGCCACGAAUCCGAAGUUUUUAUCUGUGCCUGGAACCCAGUGAACGACCUCCUUGCCUCUGGGUCUGGGGACUCGACGGCCCGGAUCUGGAACCUGAGCGAGAACAGCACAGGCGGAUCCACCCAGCUGGUUCUGAGGCACUGCAUACGGGAAGGGGGCCAGGACGUACCCAGCAACAAAGACGUCACCUCACUAGACUGGAAUAGUGAGGGUACGUUGCUAGCAACAGGCUCAUAUGAUGGCUUUGCUAGAAUAUGGACAAAAGACGGUAACCUUGCCAGUACUUUGGGUCAGCAUAAAGGCCCGAUAUUUGCACUGAAGUGGAAUAAGAAAGGAAACUUUAUCCUCAGUGCCGGUGUAGACAAGACAACAAUUAUUUGGGACGCACACACAGGAGAGGCGAAGCAACAAUUUCCUUUCCAUUCGGCUCCUGCUCUGGAUGUAGACUGGCAGAGCAAUAACACAUUUGCGUCCUGCAGCACCGACAUGUGCAUCCAUGUGUGUAAGCUGGGUCAGGACAGACCUGUCAAGACUUUCCAGGGACACACGAAUGAAGUUAACGCCAUCAAGUGGGAUCCCACUGGCAGCUUGCUGGCCUCCUGCUCUGAUGAUAUGACACUCAAGAUCUGGAGUAUGAAGCAGGACUCAUGUGUUCACGACCUCCAGGCCCACAGUAAAGAAAUCUAUACCAUCAAGUGGAGCCCCACAGGCCCUGGGACCAAUAACCCAAACGCCAACCUCAUGCUGGCCAGUGCAUCCUUUGACUCUACAGUGCGUCUGUGGGAUGUAGAGCGUGGGGUGUGCAUCCACACACUGACCCGCCACCAGGAGCCCGUCUACAGCGUGGCCUUCAGCCCAGAUGGCCGGCAUCUCGCCAGCGGCUCCUUCGACAAAUGUGUCCACAUCUGGAACACUCAGACGGGUGCUUUAGUCCACAGCUACCGAGGGACAGGAGGGAUCUUCGAAGUUUGCUGGAACGCCACAGGAGACAAAGUAGGAGCCAGCGCGUCAGAUGGAUCGGUUUGUGUUCUCGAUCUGAGGAAAUGACACACGACUGGGGGAGCCAUGGACCGACUACGAAUGUGUACAUAGCCAAAAUGACUGUCCCUGCCUGUCCGCCACACUGCUGUAGUCCCAUCAGAUGCCAUGGCCCGCCGUUACAGCCAACCGGAGCGCUCCCUCCCUCAUACGUACACACAAGGACCACACACACAGUUUUUACGCACAUGCAUCAGACAUACAACAGGUCUGUACGGACGUUUGUGUUGCUCCACCGACCAGAAACAUUUCUCUGUCACAUAGUAGAAACUUGUUGGACCCGUCACAAGCGAACCAAAACACCAGGAUUCUUCUUGCUUUCCUCUUUUUAUCCUUUGUAUCAGAAUUGUAAAGAUUUUUGUUCUCUGUUGGUGUGUGCAUAUUGCAUAUGUCAGCAUUUGGUGUCCUGUGGACAUUGUUGUGUUGAAUUAGGAUUUUACUGAUCUCUGUAGGUUUUCUAUUACAUGUGGGGUGGGAGAGAAGAGAGCGGUUGUUGAGUCUUUUAAAAUGGAUGUUCAAAGUUGUCGGUUGGGAGAUCCAUUAAUCUUCUUGCCUGCGCUCUUUAAGGUUCAAAAAUGCAGAUGUACAGCUCUGAAAACGAUCUAUAGUUUUGUCAACUAUUUUUAUCUAAUAAGUUUGUUUCAUUUUUGCCAUUUUUUUUUAACAAAGUAUAAAGCAGUUAAUCAGAGGAUGGACUGCCCUUUGUUUGCAACUUUUAUCCUCAGAAAUGGUUUUCAGGUGAUCACAAUUCAUCAGGUUAAGACGGAGCCCCAAGGAAUUCAAAAAGCUCCUGGCCGAAAGAUAAUCCUCGCAACCGAAAGACAUCAAAGUGCAGUCAGCGUCAGGUUCCCGUCACUGAAACAGAGGUCGUCCUGGAUCUGUGUCUUACAGUUACGAAUAGAUGGCUGCGCUUUUGUGUCAGUAGUGAGCUAACAGUAGGUUUGGGAAAAACAGGCCCUCAGCAGCUUGCAUCCAUCAGACGUGAAUAAUUAUUGGUUGUAAUUGUGCUUGCUUCCUCAAUUUAUGGCUGAUUGCUAACCAAUGCUGAAUGAUAAUCAGACUAAGUCGGCCUAAUUGUGUCCUGUUUCCCCUGCUUGGUAAUUAUGCAUCAGGACGUCAUUUGGAGUGUCGCCGCCUCUGCAGGCACGGGAUCUGUGGUCGCCGCUUUUGCCAGACUAACCAGCGUUCGCUCGCAUCUCGGCUGAAGCGACGGUGCUGGAGUGCAGAUUAGUUUGUCACAUUCAGCGGCUGUUUGCGAAACUUUCACUCUGUGCAGCUUUCGUGUCCGGUGUCGACCCAAGAACACACUACAGUCCCUGCUUUGGUUUGCUGUUGGCAGGCAGUUGUUGCCCAGCGCUAACGCACACACACAUGCACACACACAUCCAUCACACACACACACACACACACACACAUUCUCUGGAGACGGGCUGUUUUCAGGCCUAUGCACGGAUAGAUGGCGCUUUUGUUUGUAGUGUUCAGAGUUGGCGUUUUGAGGCAGGUCUGUGCUUGUUGUUCAAAAGCAGCCUCGCAGCAGCAUACGACUUGAUGCAACAUGGUGUCUGCAUAUAAAAUAUAUGAUAAAUACCUUAUAAACAGACCCCAUGUUACAUCAGUAUAUAUAUAUAAAUAUAUAUAAAUCUGUGCUAUUACAGGGGAUUCUUUUCUAUGCCACUCCUAUGCUAAGGAUGGAUUUAAAAGUAACUUUUUGAAGAUGCUUGAAAUACAGUUUGAUGUUUUUGAGCGUCAGUGAGGGUCGUGACCAUGAGGAAUGGUUUUCUUUUUUUUAUAAAAUACCAUUAAACAGUCAUAGCUAAAUGUAAAAAAUAAGAGCGACACUUUGAGAGGUGAUUUUUAUUCUUUUUUUCCUGCACUUUAGACUAAAAAUGGAGAAACAGGGAGGUGUGUUUAUUCAAGCCAUCGUAGACACAUCCGAUGUUCAGAAUGCUCUUAAGGGUGAAUCAGAAUUGAUGCAGAAAGCGUGCAGCGUUCCAGUGAGUAAAUAAGGGUGAAUAGUGUCUCGUCUGACUCCUUGGGUGCGUUAAGUAGAAACAAGCCAGCUUCAUGGCAUUCCAGGUCUCAUCUCGCAGCCAUGUCCAAGAUCUAAACGGCUUGAUAGGUGCACACGUCGUCGGACAUUUCAGACGUUUUGUUCCGAAUGUUACUUGUUUUAAAAAAGAAAUUUUCUACCGAAGCUAUAGACUAUUUUAACGUUUGCUUUAAUACAGUCAGCAGUGAUCGGGCUGUAUCACAAAGACACUAUUUCCAAUGAUGUCUAUGACAGUGGAAUGGUAUUUUAUAAUGGUUUGUUUUUAGAUAAGCUUUUUACACUGCAUUCAAGUGUGUUUGCUAUUUUUUGUUCCUACCGAAAGUACUAACGUUAAUUCUAUCUUUGCUACGUUGGAGAGCCCUUGAAGGUUUUGUACUUAUCAAAACUUUUGUAAUUUUGAUUUAUUUGUAGCUACGUACUCAAAAUGAACAAAAACUUUAGAAUCUGGAUUUAAUUGUUGAUGUAUUAUAACACACAGAACAUGUAAAUACCAAUUUGCAGAUGUUUUUUUUUUGUCUUUUCCCUCACCUAUGUUGUACUCUCUUUCUCUCUCACUCACAUGGUUGCAGUCUGCAGCCUCCUGAUCAGACUGUUGUAAUAUCACUCAGAUCUCAAGGUCUAGAAUAAAAUCUAUUUUGAUAAUA